ACCGCAUUCUGAACGGCAAACAAAUUACUACAAACACAACAAAUCCCUCGCUGGUCCGCUUUCUCUUUGCCCGCGCCCUCGUUCGCGCCCAAACAAUUUGUUUCCAUCCUGUGUGUGUAUGUGUGUGUGUGUGUGUGAAGGGGGCUGAUAGGCUGAGACGCAGAAAACCGUUCACACCUGUACCGCACCGCCUCCUCCCUCAGUCCCUCCUCAACGCAUCCACAAACCGUGAUGAUGUAAUUGUUUGCCCUACGAACGGGGAAGUGGCGCUGGGCGGCGGGAAGGUUAAACGCGGCCACGCUUGGGGCAGUCGAAAAUUGUCGCGCAUGCGAUCCGGUCGCACGGGCCCAACACGCACGCACGCACGGAGUAUGGACCGACUGGGACCGGGACCGACCGGGAAACCGCUGUAAGUCAGUGUGUGUGUUGAUGUUGCCGGGUGCAGAGUACACACCGCCAGAGUGGGUGGUGGUUUUCGGUGAAACACUUCGCCGCUCCCAUUGCACGAAACAUCUUCACGCCCGUCUCUCUCUCUCUCCUCUCCACUGCACUUUUCCUGAAAGAGUGGGGCUGUGUGUGCGGACGGUUGGGCGAAAGGCAACCCCUCCUGUCUGUAAGGAGGGAGCGUGCGCGCCACAGACGUUGCUGGAGCGUGUGUGUGUGUGUGCUCACAGGUGGAACCGCACACCGCUCCCGUGGCCCCCUGAAGGGUGGCGAAUUAGGGCCCCAGUGCAGUGAGAAGUCGGCGAAGUCGAGAUGAAGUGAAAUUGUUUAUAACGCCAGCCCGUCGCCCGUCGCCACCCGCCAACGGUUGCUGGGCCAAUAGUCGCCGCGAGCACCACUGCAAUCAACCGCCAUUGCCAGUGGGCAAUCGCUCGCCAAUCGCAGAACUCGCAACAAAAGGGGAUCAUCGGGUUGUACUAGCGACCGCGCGUUCGCGAAAGUGCUCGGUUGUGAGAAGGGUUGGAGAGCGACCCGUUCCUUCCAUUCCUUUGCACAAAGCUUUUGCGAGUGAGUGACCGUGUGGAAUUACAAUUCGUUUGUUUUUUGUUUGUUUGAUUUGAUUUUUUUUUUGAAAAUCGAAGAUAAAAAGUUUUCAAAACCACACACACACACACACGCAGACGAGCGCGGAGACAGUGACAAAAGUUUGGGUGCGCCGAAAAGAAGCUGACCAGUGAGCGCGUGUGUGUCUCUGGCUCUGGUGCAGCAGCACUAGCAGCGUGAAUUGCAUUUGCAUUUGCACCGAGCGAUCGGAUUGCCCCGUAGCCUAACAGUAAAAGCGCCUCUCCGCGGGUGAAUUUGCAGAAAUUAAAAAGGAAAACCCUCCCACGAAACGGUGCUUCGCAAAGCUCCGCUCCGCUGAAUGGGUUGCCGCGGCGGGAACGCGCACCGUGUGCCGAUCGAUAGUCCCAGCAGGGCCGGGGCGUUCGAAACCGUCGUAGACGGGCAGUAACGUCGUAGCCACCGACCCUGCUCCGCUGCAUCAAUCAAACAGGCGCGUUUCCGGCAAGCCCUAUUUGUGGCAGCAAACUCAAGUCCCUCUUCCGGGGUUCCCCCGACGACUUGCGACCACAGCGAGCGAGACACAGCGAGAGUCAGCAUGACGUCGGUGGACAGCGACAGCAACGUUCCGGUGGAUCCAAGGGUGCAGAUCGAGCUGGAGAAACUGAACGAAGCAACCGACAACAUCAACAAAUAUGAGGUCGAUCUGGACGAAGCGAAAAACGAGUUCCGCGAGCUGCUGCGGGAAAGUGCGGAAAAGAUAAAGGCGGUCGCGAAAAAGGUCGGCAACUCGAUCGACGCCGCGAAACCGUACUACGAGGCGCGGCUGUACGCAUCCCAGCUCGCGAAAGAGACGCAGCAGUGUGCGCUCAACUUCGACAAGGCCAAGUCGGUGCAUGCGGCCGCAAAGGAAAUGGUGUACCUGGCCGAGCAGGGGCUGGGCGAGAAGUCGACGCUCGAUACGGCGUGCCAGGAGAUGCUGACGCACGCGACCACGCGCGUCAACGAGAGCCAGAACGAGUGUACCGAGAUGCGCAACGUGCUGAAGAUAAGCGAGCUCAAGCUGGAGGUGGCCAACAACCGGGUGUGCAAGCUGCACUCGCAGCUCAAGGGCGCCAUCCGGGCGUCCAGUUUCGAUAUCCGGCGCAAUCUUUUGUUGAUGAACAUUAUUGCUUACCAGCACGAGUUGCUGUUCCUACCGUACUACGAGCUGCGGGCCAACUACAACGCGGUGCUGCUCGAGCAGAAGCAGAAGGUGGUGGAGCUCGAGACGAAGGUGGCGGAAUCGAAGCUACGGUACAACGAGGCCUUGUCCAACCUGGAGCGCAUCUCGGAGGAGAUCCACCGGCAGCGGAAGGCCCGGCGGGCCAGCAGCCUGGACGAGGAUGGCGGCGGGUCCGGCUCGUCCUCGUCGUCGGCCGUGCCGCCGGUCGGGCCGGCCGGCCACGCCACCGGCAAGAUGCUCGCCUCGAUGCACCUGCCCUUCGGCCAGCAGGGACCGGCGACCCUCGGCACCGACCACCGGCGCAUCGACAGUGCCGACGAGUACCUUGAGUUCCCGGCCAAGCUGUCGAUCAAGGCGAGCCCGAUCAAGCAGAAGUAUCUGGACAAGCUCGACUGUCCCCAUCUGCUGAAAGACUUUGCGCGCAAGACGAGCCCGAGCGCGGAAAGCGACUCGGACAACUACCAGUUCUCGCCGAACCCGACGAUCGACGACAUCACCAACAUGUCGUCGGAGGACAUCGAGCAGUGGACCGAGAUCCGGCUGUCGAACUCGAACAGCAGCAGCUCCGGCUACUCGCAGCACAACUCGCUCGUGCUGGAGGACGCCCCGACGCCGCAGGACGAAACGACCGACUCGUCGUCGGAGGACAGCCCGAAGGCGAAGACGCGCAUCAUCAAGAUGGAAACGUACGACGCACCGGAGGGGAUCGGUGGGAGUGUGCUGCGCCGCACCGACGGCAUUGCCGGCUGGAUCGCGAAGACGGGCAGCAGCGUGGUCGGGUCGGGCUCGACUAGCGGGCACGGCGGGGCCGCAUCGGGCGGGACGCCCGGUUCGGCAGCCGCCGGCUGCUGCUCCGCCAACUCCUCCUCCACGUUUGCCAGCAGCGGGCGGCGCCAGAGCCUGGACAUCAUCAUCGACACGGGCGACCGGGUGAAGGACGUGUUCGCGCAGGGCAUCCAGCGCAUCGGCAAGACGCUCGAGCGGCGCAACAGCGAGUCGGAGGUGGCGCGGGACGAGUCGGCCGGGAGCGAUUUUUUUCUCUUCCAGCGCGCGGACCCUGCAAAGGAUGGUCUGUCGGAUGAGCAGGUGGAGAACCUACUGCUAGACCAGGACUGUACCGACAUCUUUCAGAACGUGGUGAACAUAUCAAAAUGAGGCCGGCGGACGGCGGAGAGGUGGCAGGGGACGCUACCCAACGGGACGCACGAGCCAAACCAGUGUGAGUGAGAAGGUGGGGGGGGAGAGGGCGCUUUCCGGACCUGGAGGAGAGAGGGGGCGAAGCAAUCGGGGAAGCAUUAGCCAUACGGAAACUAGUGAAGCAAUUUACCCAACAGAAGAAAAAAAAAUCACAAAAACAUACCAGACACACACAUACACACACUGGAGCGAAAUCAUCGUUGUCAUGUGUUAGACGAUGUUGUUGAUUUAUCAUAGAUUCUAAUGUGCGCGCGCGACAAAACAGUGACGAAAAAAAAAAACAAACAAACACAGCAAUAAAUAAACUAAUAGAAACCGUUGGUGGGGCCCUUUCAGCCCGGUCCCACCCGCGAGGUAGUAGAA